AAUGGAUGGUUCUAAAAGAUUAUUUUGCAAAUUUUGCGGUAAUACUGUGUGCGUUGAAAAAUUUACAGUGAUAGACGAAUCUACAAAAGAAAUUUUAAAGACUGUUUCACAGAAUCUGGACUUGGACAACAACUAUAAACACGUCAUGUGUAAUACCUGUUCUAGUAAGCUGUACUCGGCAUUUGACUUUAAAUCCACUUGUCUCUACGUUGAGAACAAGAUUGCCUCUUAUAUUAAUCCCAAGGUGCCCAUCGUGGACUUAAGAGAAGUUUAUCUAAAAGAACACGGGAAUAAACCACUGGUUAAAUUGGAAAAUGAUCAGAAAAUAUGUCGAUUAUGUUUGCAGCUGGUUAACGAAGAAUUUGUGCCAUUUCGUGAAGUAGACUUGGAGAUGAUUCAUAGAUACAUUGCAGAAGUGGUAAAUGCACAUUCUAAAGCUUAA